UGCAUUUUUUUUUUUAAAUUAGAAAAUCAUGCGAGCAAGCAUUAUCAUUAUUUUGGCUUUUGCCACUGGGAUUGUUGUAGCGGCAUCUAGAAAUCGCAACUAUUCUCGUUUCGUAAAACAUCAUGCAAAACCACGAGAAAUUCGCGGUUUUUUACCUGACAGAACAGGCACGGCAUAUGGUUUUGGAAAAAGACAAAGUAUUAUCGAUGUUCCAAAAGUUAAUAAACACGAACGAAUUUUAUCUACAUUUUUACGUUAUUUUCCACAGGGGAUCUCCGUAGAAUGGUUACUUCAACAAAUGAAAACAAAUCCAACUUUUGCUACAAAAUUAACACAGGUUUUAAUGGAUGGACGUACUGACUUUAUGCCAGUAAUGGAUCGCUUUAAUCCAGAAACGAUAACUUGGCUAUUUUGA